UCUACGUCUGAUGGUGAGUAUGCAGAUGUCUGUUCUCCUGUGGAACUUAUGUCUUCAUGUGAUGAGUCAUUUCAAAUCAUGAAAAUUAAAUUAAGCUUAAAUUUAAAGCAGCUGCUGAAUCCAGAGUUCACUGCUGUCUGUUUGCCUCCAUCUAGUGACUGAGUCUUUUAACUGCACACAGACUUUAUAUACUGCUUCCUACAGAUGACUGAGUACAUAAGUAUUCACAGAGUAGAACAUUACGUGAGUCUGACAUUAGUAUUUACUCCAUAGUUUAGAGAUGACGAGCGAGUACCUAAAGAGAAAUCAAAUCCAGUCAGACAGCCUAGGCAGGUUCGUCCGAAACCUUUGACCCAAUUAGAGACAUUCUCGUCAGCGUGGCUGAUUCAGUCUCUCACUCACACACACUCACAGGUUUAAGAUGAGUCGGCCGUUGCAGAGGCAGCCUCAGGCUCUGAUUGUUUCCUCUGAUGCAGCUGAAUGGGCUUCUGGGGUCUGUGACUGCUGCGACGACAUGACAGAUUGCUGCUUUGCCUUCUGGUGCUGUCCCUGUUUCGCCUGUAGAACCACUAAACAGUUCGGUCAGUGUCUCUGUCUUCCCCUGCUGGAUGUCUUUGGGUGCAUCCGUCCAAUCACCAUGUCCAUGAGAGUCUCCGUACGUCAACACUACGGCAUCAAAGGCAGCUUGUGCAGCGACUGUUUGUGCUCCACCUUCUGUGUGCCCUGCGUCUGGUGUCAGAUGGCCAGAGAGAUGAAGGAGAGGCAACUCCCCACCACGCUGGGUGACAUCAUCCACCGCUGAUGACAUCAUCCACCGCUGAUGACAUCAUCGCGUUACAUUAUUACUGUGACAUCAUCACUGUGACUCAACCCUGUAUUGUUUACAUGUUUACCAAAUGUUCCUUGACACUUUACUUGUAGCCUAUUAAUUAUCUGCUUUGCACAUUGUUGUAAUUUCCUUUAAUAUUUAUCAAACAUGCUUGUUUUUUUUUUUAUACUUUUUCAUUAAUUUAGUUUGAUGCAUAUAUUUUGUAGUUUUUGUCCAACACAUUGUACUCUGCAAUAAUUAAGGCCAAGCACGACAGGCAAAACAUUUUUUUUUUU